GCCACUUUUAUUAGUCAAUCGCGGGCGAAUACUUACAAAAGCCGUUUGUUUGAAAAAUGUCAUGAAGUAAGUGUGCGGAAUUAAAACAUGAGCGACGAAAUUCAGAAACCGAAGUCUUUGAUGACACCCCUUGUCAUUACCGCGGGCUUAAUUGGUGCCGUGCAGGGACUGGCAUGGAGCAUCCUAUCACUGGUUUCAAUUUUAAUUUACGAAAAAGUCAUAAAAGUUGUUAUUGAUGCUGACGAUGCUGACAAAAUACGUACGUAUUUAUACUUUUUUUUGGUGAAAGAUGACGAAUCCAAUGAUGGGAGUUCGUUCAUUGUAACUUCCAAAGUAUUCAACAUUUUUAUGUACCUGUACUUCGUGCUCAGUUUGAUCUUGCUAGGCGUUUCCGCUAUUAUUCUCUGGGCUUUCGCAAGAAACAAAGCCCAGAAUCAGCAGAUACGGUUACUGGCAUUAUGGGUCUCUACAAUUGGCAUUCUAUCGGUUUUGGAUUUUGUGCUAACGAGUUUAUUUGCUCAUGAUUAUCACAAACUUCCAGAUGAUGUCCAGUCCUCAAUUAUUUUGUUACAAGUUACAUACGGUAUUGUCAUGACGCUGGCAGCUCGCGGAUACGUCUUAUGGAUCAUAAACGUGAUAUUUGCUAUAGUUUUGGCAAAAUAUUGUUUCAAUUUAUUAAGAAAGAAUUCCAGGCCUGACUUAUCCAUAAUCGAUGCAUAUACCACUAGUCCCCGUCCACCUUGGGACUUGCAGAACUCCCUUUAUGAUGAAGGCAACGCUAACAACUUUGAAUUUACUAACAAGGGUUAUGUGAACGACAACGCCGAACCGAUAUACAUGAAAAGCGAAUCUUUCCAUAAAUUAAACAUUGGCGACACCAGGAAAAAUAACUAUAGGAACUCACUCGAUACGAGCCAGUUUAGUUUCGCGAUUUCAGGUCCAAAUAACUUUAGGUCGCCUCAGCAAUGGAAGGCGCCGCAAAUCAAGACGGCCAAAAUAGGACGUCAGGCUGAUCGGAGAAGUCCACCUUUCAACGUCGCGCCACCUUACAUCCCAGAUCCAGACUACUCACCCCCAGGUUCGCCCAAAGUUAAAUCGGUUCUAAGACCGAGAAGUCAUUAUGCAAUUUAAAUUUACAUAUAUUCUCUAUUUUUUAAUAUUGUUACGUAAUACGAGAAGUAAUAAAUAAAUUGUUAAUUUUUUUCUCUAUUCCAACAAGUACUGGAAUUGAAAAAAUUACUAAUCCUAAUAAUAAAUAGAGAAAAACUUGGCAAAUCUUUAUCCCCCGAAUAAUUGAAGUAAAUUGCAAUUAAAGUUGUCUGAGUGGACUCUUAAAACCAUCAUAUGUAUAAUCGCGAGAAUGUCACUGACUUGUCCGCUUUUUUCUUGGAGUAGCAUUUCCCAAUUCGCCAUUGAUCUGUUCCGCUCUUUUCUUGAUGUUAAAAAUGUUUUUUAUACUGACACAACUCAGUUUUGAAGCGUCACUCACAGUUGCACGUAAACUCAACUUUUCAUCAUUCGCUAAACAGCAAAUGAUUAAAAAUCGCAAAUAUGGCACUCGCAGGGAGCACUGCCCCUUACGUGAAGUUAUUGAAUUCCAUGCUAAUGGUAAGAAAUCGAACAUUAAAUAAAAGAAAAAUUUCAUUUUUGGGGGUA